GGUGGAUCACCAGUUUUUUGUUCGACACGAAGAUAAAAACACUCAAUUAAAAUAUCGCAUAUCGUGUAAUUAAAUCAAUGCAAUUGUAUUCACAGUUUUGAUUAUGAAACCUUUAAUAGAUUUCGAUGAGUGCCUCAGAGAUUCGCCAAAAUUUCGAGAACAGCUGGAAACGGAGGAGGCCAGUAUCGACGGCUUGGAGUUGAAGCUCGAUAAAGUGCUGAAGGCAUGUUCUGUUAUGAUAGAAUCAGGAAAAACAUACAUGACUCAUCGAGGUGCGUUCACAAAUGCACUAUGGGAUCUGAGCGGUUACUUCUCGGAGGACCCGACGGUGGUAGCCACGCUGAACCGGAUGAUCCACGCGCUGCAGGAGAUGAACAAGUACCACUCCAUACUCCUGGACCAGGCCUCCAGGACCGUACUCAAGAAUCUCACAGCUUUUAUUAAAGUAGAUAUUAAAGGUGUAAAGGAAAGCAAGCACCACUUCGACAAAAUCUCAAAUGAUCUGGAUCUAGCUUUAAAUAGGAACUCUCAGGUCUCAAGGCACAAACCUACCGAUGUGGAGGAGGCGGUGAAUCUCUUGCUGGCAACGCGCUCCUGUUUCCGUCACACGGCGCUCGAUCAUGUCCAGAAAAUUACGAUGCUGCAGGCGAGGAAGCGCCAUGAGAUUUUGGCCACUUUCCUGUCAUACAUGCAAGCUUGCUGCACGUACUACCACCAGGGCGCCGACUUGUCUGAGGACCUGGAGCCUUUCCUCAAGGUUACAGCUGACGAGGUGUCAACAAUGCGUAACGACACUAAAGUCUUGGAUAAGGAGAUGGAGAAUCGUCACACUAUCGUGAAUAGCAAAGACAGUGUGUUACCAAGUUGCAAGCCCCCUGAAGGAGAUUGCAAGGAUGGACUGCUCAGUACGCCCUUAAAAAGCUUGCCAAGGAUGCAAGGGUACCUGUUCAAACGGACUUCGAACGCGUUUAAGACGUGGAAUCGACGCUGGUUCUACUUGUAUGACAACCGAUUGGUCUACAGGAAAAGGACGGGAGAGCUGAAUGUGACAGUGAUGGAAGAGGACCUUCGAUUGUGCACGGUGAAACCUGUACUCGAUGGCGAACGUCGGUUCUGCUUCGAAGUGCUUUCACCCUCCAAGAGUCACAUGCUUCAAGCGGAUUCCGAAGAGAUGCUUUCCUCCUGGAUCGCAGCCCUACAACACGGGAUCCGAUCUGCCAUACAACAAGGCCGGAGCCGCGACGACUCGAGGGUCCAGACUGAGACACCUUCUCAUGAGUCCAUGCCUCCUGGUAUGAGGAAGAUCAGAAUAUGGGAGCAACUGCUAAACAUUCCCGGGAACAACUUCUGUUGCGACUGCGGCGGUCCAAAUCCUCGUUGGGCGAGCAUCAACCUCGGCAUCACUCUUUGUAUAGAAUGUUCGGGCAUACAUCGCUCUCUUGGAGUUCACGUCAGCAAAGUCCGAUCUCUUACACUCGAUGACUGGGAACCUGAAAUCAUUAAGGUUAUGGCAGAACUGGGUAACAAAAUAGUGAAUUUGAUAUAUGAAGCUAACACCGAAGGGACUACUAUUACCAGAGCAACGCCAGAAUGUGAAACCGCGGUACGCGAAGCAUGGAUCCGCGCUAAGUACGUGACACUGUCGUUCGUGAAGGACAUCACAGCGACGAGUCUCGACGCGGACGCGGAACCUUCGCCGCGCCGCUGCCGCAGCCGCUGGUCCGUGCGCCGCGCGAGGCGCAGGUCCGUAUUCUGUACUAAUAUAGCCUCAGUCCGAGCUCCUCCCGCCGUCCCUGAAACCAUCCCCGAUGAAAAAAGCGACGUCAACAGCAAUACCAGUGAGAGCUCAACAAAGUCCGGAUCGGGUGAAAAUAGUCCAGUGCUCCUCAUCGGGUCAGAACUGGCGAACGAGCGACGGGUGGAUUUGACCCUAAGCUUGCCAUCCGACCACGAUUCCACUGAGGGCGAAGAUGAAGAUGACCUGGAAGCGGAAGAGAUCUCAUCGCUGUCGGCACAGUCAGUGCUAUGGCUCGCGGCUCGCGCGCAUAACGUCCCAGUGAUGCGAGCGGCUCUGGCCGCCGGUGCCGACGUGAACGUGCCGGCCGCGCGCCGCCGCGUGCCGCUACACAACGCCGUGCUCAGCGGUUCCGUGAUGGCGUGUUCGUUCCUGCUGCUGAAUGGCAGCAAACUGAACCCGCAAGACGAAGAUGGCAAAACGCCGCUUCAUCUCGCCACAGAGGCCGGACACACAGCUCAGGUUGUCCUAUUAUUGCGGUACCGGGCGGACCAGUCAAUAGCGGACCACGAAGCACAAACGCCGUUAGACAUCGCCGUCAGCCACGCUAACGCGGACAUCGUCACCUUAUUACGGCUAACAAAGCUGAACGAGGAAAUGCGCGAAUCCGAGAUGUCAUCCAACGAUGACACGUACAACGAGGUGUUCCGCGACUACACCCAGCUCGCUCACUCGCACCCCGAGCGGCUGGUGCGAGCGAGACACAACAACAACGAGGGAGAGCAGCCUAGCGAAUGACACAGCGGGGCCGCGCGGCGGCGCUGGCUGUGGUAACGACUGGACGGACCGGGUCAUCCCGAUUUAAGGUUGGACUGUACCGUAGACUAGACUGGAUAGCUUAUAUGUAUUGUACACAAUGGAAAAUACUGAUUCGUGACCCAGUGUAAUCCAACUUCGAACGAAAGUUCUGGAACGCAGGUAAAAACAAGUGACGACGCGACUGAUUCAAUCAGGAGCGCUCGGAAAAACCGUCGCGCGCGUUCUGUGUGCAAGAUUUUGAAUUUCGAAGUGGAAUUUUAAACUGUUCGAAUUGGGACUACUGGAUCUAAAAGAUACCUUACACUGUGAUAGAACAUUUUCACAGUGUCUAAUAACUUUACAUUUAAUCAAUGCCAAUGACGUCUACUGUGAAAAGGUUUCAGUGGGUCAGGAAUCAAGUUGUACCAUAGUACUUCACUCAACCGUUCAUUUACUAUUUUGCUCACGACUCUUAUACUAUUGUUUAAAAAAAGUUUACAUUUCACCCUGCUUUUGAUACUUGAUAAACAAUCAUGAAUUAAAAUUGAAGGUUUUAUAAAGUACUAAACUAGUAUACCUCUUCGGCAAUGUACCCUAUGUUGUGUAUAACCGAUGGUGGCAUCCACAACGUUAAAUUAUGUAAUUUAUUUAUUCAUAGAUCAACUUUACGAUCCAUACUAAUAUUAUAAAUGGGAAAGUGUGUGUGUCAGUUUGUUUGUCCGUCUUCACGGCAAAGCGGAGCGACG